UGCACCUUCCUUUGUGGCUCUCCAUUCAAGAUGGCUCCCGUUUUAGAGAAGAAGCUACUGGGCGCAGUCGGGACGGGCGACACUAUGGAUAACAGCAACGAGGAUGAUGAAGGACAAAACCUCUGGUCUUCAAUUCUCAGCGAAGUUUCAACACGUUCAAGCUCUAAAUUGCCAUCUGGGAAAAAUAUAUUAGUUUUUGGGGAGGAUGGAUCAGGAAAGACGGCACUCAUGGCAAAACUCCAAGGAUCAGAGCACAAUAAGAAAGGUAGAGGGCUGGAAUACUUGUACCUGAAUGUCCAGGAUGAAGACCGAGAUGAUUUGACCCGCUGCAACGUGUGGAUUCUUGAUGGAGACUUGUACCACAAAGGCUUGCUGAAGUUUGCAGUGACCACUGAGUCGCUGAAGGACAGUCUGGCUGUUUUUGUGGUGGACAUGUCACGGCCUUGGACCAUCAUGGAGUCGCUGCAGAAGUGGGCCAGUGUCCUGCGGGAGCACGUGGACAAACUGAAGAUCCCACCUGAGGAAAUGAGAGAGAUGGAGCAGAUGAUGGUUAAGGCCUUCCAGGAAUAUGUAGAACCAGAAGAAGCCACACCAGGCACACCACAGAGACGAGUCCCACAAGCUGGAGGAGAAGAUGAGAGUGUGCUGCUGCCCCUGGGCGACAAUGUUCUUACACACAACCUGGGCAUUCCAGUGCUAAUAGUUUGCACGAAGUGUGAUGCUGUCAGUGUAUUGGAGAAGGAGCACGACUACAAAGAGGAGCAUUUUGACUUCAUUCAGUCGUACAUCCGACGGUUCUGCCUAAAAUAUGGAGCUGGCUUGAUUUACACCUCUGUCAAAGAGGAGAAAAACCUGGACCUUCUAUACAAAUACAUGGUGCACAAAAUAUAUGACUUCCACUUCACCAUGCCUGCCUUGGUGGUGGAGAAGGAUGCUGUCUUCAUUCCAUCCGGAUGGGAUAACGAAAAGAAAAUUGCCAUCUUGCAUGAAAACUUCACAACGGUUAGACCUGAAGAUCCCUUUGAGGACUUCAUAAUGAAACCUCCUGUACGAAAGUUAGUGCAUGACAAGGAAAUCAGUGCAGAGGAUGAGCAGGUCUUCCUCAUGAAGCAGCAGUCAUUGUUAGCCAAGCAGCCGGCCACACCUACAAGAGGAACGGAGUCUCCUGCCCGGACUGCAUCUGGCUCACCACGGCCUACAGGCCGAACAGGCCCCACUAAUGUGGCCAGCGUCUCACCCAUGACUGCGGUGAAGAAACCAGACCCCAACAUGAAAGGAGCAGCAGCAAAUGAGGGAGUACUGGCCAACUUCUUCAACAGUCUCCUGAGUAAAAAGACGGGUGUGCCUAACAGUCCUGGGACACCAGGAACAGGGGUGCAAGGCUCUGCCAAGAAAACAGGUAAAUUUGUCCUUUGCCAGUCUCAACCCCAUGAAAAGGUGUCUCUUACAAAACUUUCAUUAAAUAAAAUGUUUCUAAGUGUGAUCAUGAGAAUUAUGAUGCAAUGUUUUUUUAAUUGUCCUAAAAUGGGCUGUAGAUUUUAAGUUAGCCUGACAUUUCUCCAUGAGGCAUCUUCUAUUGUAAUGUUGUUGUUUUUUGUUACCUCUGGACAAUGCUGUUUUUUUUGGAGUUUUACCUGUAGAGCCAGAGAGAGUAGCAAUGAGGAACAGGCUGAAAAGCCUUUGCGAGUGACACCACCAUGGAUUGUGAAACCUCAUUCUCACUGGUUUUUCCAACCUAAUAUCAUGUGAUGUCCAAGUCAUACCAAUAGCAGUUUUUUUCACAUUGCUUUGUUAUUUCUGACUAUUUAUAACAUGAGGCCCUAAUAAAACACAUUAACUCAUUGCUGUGACAUUGUGCUUCAUUUAAGAACAGCAUGCAGGUGUUAUUCUGUUUUUUUUAUUCAGUUUCCUUUCAUUUUAUUUCCCAAUGUGUUUUGCAUGUGUGCAGCCCCACAGCAUGCUACAUUUGUCAGCAUACCAGCAUGCGGCAUUCAUCCACAAGCUGGUUCCCACAUAACUGCCCUGUGUUAUUUUUAUACAUAACAGCUCAGAAACUACAGGAGAUUACUUUUGUUUUUUCUUUCUUCCAAGGGCAGAAGCCGGGUUUGACUGACGUCCAGGCGGAACUAGACCGCAUGACUGGUAAACCUGAUUCCAUGGUAACGGCCGACAAUACCCCAGCGACAGAGAACGAGGCAUGAGCGUGCCAACAGCAUUGUUCACUCUGGAAAUCAACACAUGUACCAACAUAAAGGAGAAAAAAAGCUAUUCAUGACCAAAAUUCCCCCCAUCUUGUGUGUCAAUCAGCAAACAAACCAAGGUUUUCCGAAAGUUUUAGGAUUCUAUCAAAUGUAUAGGCUCUGAUGUUGUGGGGGAAGAGAGGUAGAUAUUUUAAGAGAUUUGGGUGCUUUUUUUGGUUUUCAUUUCCGAAGCCCUUCUUGCGUUUGUUGUUUUUUUUUUGGUCCGUAAUUUUUGGUGAGGCAUGGCAGGUAAUGGGUGCUCUCUCCUCAGGAGGCAGUAGAACCUCUAAAGUACGGGGCCUCUCUUAGCUUGGGAAACCUUUUUAAACCACGUUUACCAUUCCCCUCCUCCUGACAAGCACAGAAACACUUUAAACUUCAAGUGUUGCAGUCAUCUACAGCAACUGCUAAUAGCCUAAAUAUAUUCAUUUAAAAUAUUUAUAUACUUGCAAAAAGUAUAUAGUGUGUAAAAACACACUUGCAUUUAUGCUGAUGCAUUUAUAAAUGACAAAGAAAGCGAAUCAAGCUUUUAUUUUCUUUCUGUGUUUUAUCAGUGAGAUGUUAAGCUUAUUCACUUAACAUGGUUAACAUCACUGAAGUCAUGACACUAAUGACAAAAUACCUAUUGGCCUUCAACAUGCAAAAGUGACAGAUCUUGCCUCACCGCCUCUUUGAAUUAUGUAAAUAUGUGCAAAAUAUUUGCUGUAUGAGCUUUGAUUUUGUAUAAAAAUUUAAUUAUUUUAACAAUUUAUAAAGAACUACUUCAGAUGAAACAAGCAUUGAUGAGUAACAGGCUGAGCAUGGUUGUUUUUGGAGGAGAGGGGCAGGGCAUCUUUCCUAGCAUAACUCCCAAGUGCCUGGCACAGUAUACUGUUUGUGUCAUAGUGGAGGUGCUUGUCUCCAAAAGAGGAAUUGCACUGUAGCUUCAACAGUUAAUAGUACAUUUUUCAUUUCUUUUCUUUUUUUUUUUCCAGAUUCAUGUAAUUUAUUUGUUUUUUGUUUACUUUGUUAUACACUGUAAGUGUCUGUGAUCAUUGAUUUUGCUAAAACCACUUAUUUUGCUUGUAUCAGUGGCCUAAAUCUUUAUUUUGCUGCCAUUGGGAGCUUGCCUUUUUGUCAGUGUUGAAAAUGUCCACAUAAAACAUGUCCCACCUCCCAGGUUAAAGUUGUUUCUUAAACCACUAGCACCAUUCUCAUGUGGCUAACUGACUGACUGCGUGUAAUUCUGAAUAAUUUAAUCAACCCCCCUCUCGGUUUUGUUUGUUCGCAGUACAAACUAUAUACUGUAUAACAUUCCUGGUUUCUGCGCAGUGUAGAUGCUCUUGUUGGUGGCUUCUACCAUAUGUUUGUUUUUGUGCCCUGCCUCAGUGCCCACUGGUGACUUUGCCUUCAGUGUAGCGUUCACUGUCAUCACUCUGUCUCUUCGCUCAGGGUAGGUCUGAGUCCAUACAGCCUUUUCUGUCUUCACAAUGAACUUACAAAUACUCUGAUAUUUCUCAACAUUUUCUUUCAAUAAUAAUACAGUAUCAUAUCAAAUUUCCUGUUUCAAGCAUAUUGUUUGUUUGUUUGUUUGUGUUUUUUUUAAAUGAAAUUCAUUGGUUCAUGAGAUUCUGAACUUGACAAUUCAUCCAGAAGCAUGGUGUAAUGGUUUUGAUUUCUUAAGGUUUUUAACCUUGUUUAAAAAAAAAAAAAAAAAAAUCUUGUAUGGAGAAAAAGUAAACGGAGCAGCUAAAGUGGCUUUUAAAUUAUCAAGAUUUUCAGAUGAAAAAGGAAAAUGCAGAUAAUUGGAAUCUUGAACCAAAGAUGUAGGAUCCACAUGUUAUGUUUAUGUCGAGCUGCCCUAAAUUCCUCCCAGGUGGCUGCUCUUGGCUGAGCCUGGAGAAGCCAUCAUUCCAAAACAGAUCCUCUGCUUAGUGUGGUGAUCUGUGUUCUAUGUCGGAAUAUUCCACUAGAGUUGAAGUCUUUGUCCUUUUUUUUUAAGCUCUUCAUGGGAAUAGACCUCAAGAUGUGUAGAGUUUACUGUUGUUUUGCAUGAAACUGUGUUUGAAAGAUGAAAAGCACAAACUCAUACCAAACUAGAGAUAAGGAACUCAACUGAAAUUUUAUUCUACAUAAUAGUGCAUUACCGUUUCCAUUGUAUGAUUGGCAGGGAUAAAGGAUAUGCUGAUAUUUAAGCACAACAUUAAAUCUGCAUUAAACCUCUUAUUUUAGUGGUUAAGAUUUUUCAUCUGUUCAGAUUGUGUAAGAAUCUCAUGGGCUGAAACGUUUGAGCACAUAUAACAUUUGUGCCUGCUUUCAAAACAGCCUAAUAUAAUGCACUUAAGUAUUUCAUUGCAUUCUUUGAACUUGCCAUGUGACUGAAAUCUCACUGUCUAAAUUUCACUGACACAUUCAUGUGAACAUAGCCCUUUGUUUCCACCCAAGAGACUCAGUUUGGGGCUAAUGGUUAUCUCGUGGCAUUUUACUGGAAGUGAAAAAAAAAUAAUUGUUCACUCCUGUUUUAAAUUGUCAAAAACCACACAUUUCACACUAUUUCAAUCAUUUUGGUUUAGUAAUCCACAAAUUUGACGAUUACUGAUUUUGAUAGUAGCUUGAUGCAAAUGUCCACAAAAGCAUUAAUGGGCUAAGAAAUUGAAAAACGAACAAGCUGCUGCUGAGAUGCCUGAAGUACUUGAAAAAAGCUUCCUAAUGCAGAACACAUCUGUUUUCCCAAAGGAGACUUCACAACAGAUAAAAGAAGGUCGAAGGGUGACCAACCAACAAAAAAAAUAUUUUCUUUGCUUCAGCUUCAGUAUCUUUCCCCUCAAUUGAGAAUGAUUGCAGUUAUAUAAUGAACACAUUUUGUAUGUAUUGCAUUCAGACUAUAUGGAAGUUGACCGAUCUGUGCUGUACAGUUCAAUCCUUAUGAAAUGCACUUACCGCUGUGAGUAAGAAAAUGUUGAGAAAAAGCUCUGGCUUCCACAAUUUUCUAUACAGGAACUGAAGACCUUUCUAUUCACACAAAGGUCUGUUUUAUUGUGCUAUACAAAACGUCUGAUUGUAUGGCUUUAACCUGAUGCAGUAUGCGGCCAUGUGGAAUCUUGCUUUUAAUGCAAACAAAGAUAAGGAAAUGUCUUUUUUUCAGUCCUUGCUUCAAUAAAAAUACAAAU